AUGUCCAAUAUAGUUGAGAUCACUAAUACUGAACAACAACAACAAGAUAAUAAUAAUGAUAAUAUAACAUCACCUAAUAAUAGUAAUAAACAAAAGAAGGUGUUCACUCCUAAUGUAGUCAAGCAUAAGUUUAAGAAUGAUUCAAUCUUAUCACCUACUGCAUCAUCAAUCAAGUCACAACAACAUCAACAACAACGAAAGAGACAACACAAUGAUGACAAUGACAAUGAUGAUGAAUUGGAUCAAGAUGACAUUGAUCAAUUGGACCAACAGAUACAUCAACACAUUGCCAAUAACACUGUAAAGACUACACCAGAUACACGCAACAACAAUGGCAAGGCAACAGAGGCAUUUGGUAACAACAAGAAGAUCUUUCUAAAGAUCAAGAGAAAGAUUGAUGAAGAACCUGUUGCAGAAAUCAUCAUUGAGAGACCAAAGAAGAGGGCAUUCCUCGAUUCAUUCAAGGAGUUCUCUUUGAACUGCAGCGCACCACCAACAACACUCGAUGCCAAUGGCAACAUUAAGUUUGAGAAGGAGAAGGAGAAACCAGUGGUCGUCGAGAAGAAUCUAUUCACAUUGUUCUCAUCAGUUGAUGAGGCUACUCUUUCAAAAGAUGACACUCGCAAGACAAAGAUAGAGCAACGCUUUGAAGACUUUAGGGAGAAGGGCAAAAUAUCAUCACCAAAGAUACUAAAGGCAAAGCAAGAGAAUACUAUUAAAAAGAGGAAUGAAACAAGAUACAAACAGAUCAAGUCCAAUAGAGAGUUGUUAGGAAAGGAGGACGCGAAUGUCAUUGAGCUGGAAAGGACAGAUGAAUCAUCAAUAUCAGUGGACAUGUUCUCUGGAUUGACAGCAGAGGAAGAGAAGCUGAUAUGUAACUUCAGACCAAUGCUCAAGGAACAUCUGAACACUGUUGAGAAACAACCGAAAUAUGUCUAUGACUACUAUUAUCUCAACACUGAACAGCAUGCGGAUGACAUGGACACAUCGGCUAUUGAGACAGUACAACUCCCAGCGGACGACGAGGAGUAUGGAUUCGACGACGUGUCUGACAAGGACGAGAGUGUAGACUCGGAGAACUGGUACACAGACUAUCCAGAGGACGAGGAGGAAGAGGCCUCGGACAGCAGCGAUAGAGACGAAGACAAUGACGACUACGACAACCAGGAAUACUACUACGAUGAAGAGGAUGACUAUGAGUAUUAUGAUGAUGACUAA